AUGGCAUUUCGUAUUAAACCUGAAAGUGUGUAUAGCUCAAUACGGAACUCGGACCCAAUCGGCUGUCAUGCAGAUGAGAAGUUAUCUUCAGACAAAUUCUCAAAAUCCCCAGAGACAGUGAGGGAUCUCGCAGGAAAAGUGAGCCAUCACACAAGAACAGUAGGCGAUCACGCAGGGGUAUUGAGCGAUCACGCUGUGGCAGUAGGCGAUCACAAUGGGACAGUAGGCGAUCACGCAGGGACAGUAGGCGAUCACGCAGGGACAGUAGGCGAUCACACAGGGACAGUCAGCGAUCGCGCAGGGACAGUGAGCGAUCGCAUUCAGAGGGUUCUGUUUCAUGGAAACGGCAGUUACAAUUUGCACUCAAAUCUUCGUAACAAAGAUUCUUUUUUGCAGUAUGGGCAAGACAAAUACAUUAGCAACAUCUUUGGGUCGAAAAGAAAUGGUUUUUUUGUUGAGAUCGGAGCGUAUGACGGACAGUUUCUUUCGAACACAUUACUCCUUGAAAUGAAGAACAACUGGACGGGACUUUUAAUUGAAGCCAUUCCACACAUGUUUUCUCUCAUAGCUUCUGUAAACAGAAAUUGUUAUGCUAUUAACUGUUGCCUAGGAUAUACGAAUACGUCCUUGACAUUUACGAUCGCCGGAAUGAUUUCCAGUGCAGAUGCAGUAAUGACUGCACAGCACAGGAACAGAAUAAACAGGGAAAGAAGCAAAAAUGACAAAACGUACAACAAACCCGUAACCGUUCAAUGUUACAGCCUCUUGGAUGUUCUGUACGUGAUUGGAACUAAAAAGGUGGAUUACUUCUCAUUGGAUGUUGAAGGUGCGGAAUUGUACAUCCUGGAGUCAAUAGACUGGAACCAUAUUGACAUUGAUGUCUUCACCAUAGAAACGGAUCAACACAGAGACAAAAUAAUGUCGUUCAUGAAAGAUCACGGAUAUAAAUGGCUUACACACUUGACAGGAGAUGACAUUUUUAGUAAACACACAGGCUAGUCAGGGACGACACGUUCCGACUUAACUGGAGUUUUGCUGAAGAGACUCUCUGUAAACUAAAAAUAUCAUACAAGUGGAAAGUGUCCCCUCUGAUUAGCCUGUGCGGACUCCACAUGCUAAUCUGGGACGGCAAUUCUGGUCCCUUAUUGAUGAAAAUAAUGUGGGAAAGCAAACACUUAUAGUGUUUCGCAUCGGAGGCCGCUUAGAUCCUAUGAAAAGUGGUUUUAAAACGGUGAACAAAUUGAAGUUGUGCAGAUUUAUAAAUAUCUGGGAGCCUAUUUUACACCAACCUUGUAAUGGACCAAAGUUCAUGAAAUAUUUAGUCUACAAGCUUUGAAGGCUGUGGAUACCAUAUACAGAUUUCAAAAACUAUUUUUACUUCCAAACUAAAGAUGCUUUUUAACUAUU